CAGAACUGAUCUCUGAAAAAAUAUUGGCUCUCAUCACUACUGCAAUGAGUAGGUCAUAGUUCCGUCCUUUCAACAUUCUAUAACUAUGAUGGCUUGCUUGCAGUCAUAUUUGUUUGUGGUUAUGUUUUCAUUCUUCACUCCAACUGAUGGACACUUUAUCACCAUCCUCGACCUUUGUUAUUACAGAGGGGAAGAUCCACACGACGUGGAGUACAUCUGGAGAGCUAUUUCAGACAUGGUGAAGGUCAUGGAAUACAACAGCACUCUCAAUAGAUUGACUGGUUACACACCCAUUGGGAUACAUACUGCUGAGCAAUUUAACGCCAAUCCCGUGGUCCUGGCAUCGUUUCAAACUCCACUUCAUUCCUUCUGCAAACAUUAUGGUGCCCUCGCCUACGAGGCUGGAGUAAACAACAACGUUGAGCCCUCCGUUCAUCUGAGGUCCAUGACGGCCCACGGUGACAGACACCCCUCCAUGUUGACGUGCAGCGCCUACAAGUUCUACCCAAAACAGAUCAGGGUGACCUGGUUGAGGAAUGGACAGGAAGUGACCUCAAACAUGACUUCCUCUGAGGAGCUAGCCAAUGGCGACUGGCACUAUCAGAUCCACUCCUACCUGGAGUACACUCCCACGCCUGGAGAGAAGAUCUCCUGCAUGGUGGAGCACGCCAGCUUCACUGAACCAAAGAUCCUCCACUGGGACAUGUCUCUGCCAGAGUCUGAGAGGAGUAAGAUAGCCAUCGGGGCAUCUGGGCUGGUGCUGGGGGUGGUCUUUGCUGCAGCUGGUCUCCUCUACUACAACAGGAGGAAGACCACUGGUGGCGAUGGGAGGGAACUGGUGCCAACAAGUCACCCAUCCCAGUGAUCUCUCAGUGACUACGUUACAGUUCUGCAAAGGCACCCUAUAUGGACCCUGGUCCUGGUCAAAAUAAGUGUACCAUAUUAGGGAAUAGGGUUCCAUUUGGGAUGCUCCUAAUUCUUAUGUCUCCGACUGCAGGUUUGAUGAUGGGGUCUAUAUCUUAGAAAUGUGUAAGGAGUGCCUGCUGCUUUUCUAAAGACUAUCAAGAGUUUAUAUUAUUGUAGAAAUGUGUAAGGAGUGCCUGCUGCUUUUCUGAAGACUAUCAAGAGUUUAUUAUUGUUACAGUAACACU